GGCUGGCAUAUGAUACAUACUUGCUUAAAUAUAAGGGAGGAUGAUCGUGAUUUUAAAAACUUUAUUAGAACAGAUAAAGCGUCUCAGUGGAAACCCAAACUCUACUACAUCUAGAACAUAUAAUUUUUAUGUUUCUGUACUUCUCUCCUGCAUUUUAAGGUACUCUGGGUCUCUAGAUUGAUCAGGAAACUUUACAUGGCAUCACCCAGCAAUGACUCCACUGCCCCAGUCUCUGAAUUCCUCCUCAUCUGCUUCCCCAACUUCCAGAAUUGGCAGCACUGGCUGUCCCUGCCCCUCGGCCUCCUCUUCCUCUUGGCCAUGGGGGCCAACGCCACCCUCCUGAUCACCAUCCGGCUGGAGGCCUCUCUGCACCAGCCCUUGUACUACCUGCUUAGCCUCCUCUCCCUGCUGGACAUCGUGCUCUGCCUCACCGUCAUCCCCAAGGUCCUGGCCAUCUUCUGGUUUGGCCUCAGGUCAAUCAGCUUCCCUGCCUGCUUCCUGCAGAUGUUCAUCAUGAACAGUUUUCUGACCAUGGAGUCCUGCACGUUCAUGGUCAUGGCCUAUGACCGUUAUGUGGCCAUCUGCCAUCCAUUGAGAUACCCGUCUAUCAUCACUGACAAGUUUGUGGCUAGAGCUGUGGUCUUUGUUAUAGCCCGAAAUGCCUUUGUUUCUCUUCCUGUUCCCAUGCUUUCUGCAAGGCUCAGAUACUGUGCAGGAAACACAAUCAAGAACUGCAUCUGCACUAACCUGUCUGUGUCCAAACUCUCUUGUGAUGACAUCACUUUCAAUCAGCUCUACCAGUUUGUGGCAGGCUGGACCUUGUUGGGCUCUGACCUUAUCCUUAUUUUUAUCUCCUAUUCUUUUAUACUGAAAGUUGUGCUAAGGAUCAAGGCAGAGGGUGCUGUGGCCAAGGCCUUGAGCACGUGUGGUUCCCACUUCAUCCUCAUCCUCUUCUUCAGCACAGUGCUGCUGGUUCUGGUCAUCACAAACCUGGCCAGGAAGAGGAUUCCUCCUGACGUCCCCAUCCUGCUCAACAUCCUGCACCACCUCAUUCCCCCAGCUCUGAACCCAAUUGUUUAUGGUGUGAGAACCAAGGAGAUCAAGCAGGGAAUCCAGAACCUGCUGAGGAGGUUUGUAGGAGUAGGAAGGAUUAGAUCCACUUUUGGAGUUGUUAAUGAAAAAUAGAAAAAUAGGGAAUUAUUUUUAUGCUGGAAAGAAAAUUUCACUUUUAAAUCCUGGCCUGAGUUCUGAUUCUUCUUUUCCCAAUAUCUCAGUUAACAAUGAACACAUUCAUUUGUGGAUCUUUGUUUUCUGUUGCUUGAAAGGAAAUCUCCCUUUCCUGGAGAUUACCACGGAAUUUUUUCCUAAUCUGAUUUGUAACAAAGAAUCUUGCCAAACCUUUGACAAAUGGAGCUGUAUUAGAAUGUAAGUGUUUGAUCACUAGAGACAAACUAUACAAUGCAUUUAAAAAGAUCUGCCUGUCUUCUGAUUUGCAAAUGACAGUGAUUCCUUUCCUGUCUCUGAUUCAGCUUGGCAGACGGCUAUCUGGCUUUGGUGCCAUGAAGACAUUGCUUGGGAUAAGUACAGAUGUUGACCCUGGAACAACGUGGGGUUGAGUGCUUUGUCCUGAACACCCCGACUCUCUCUCAUGGCACCUGAGUCAGAUGUGCUAUUCACUGGCUCCUCAGUUCUUCCUAGAGCCAGUUAAGAUUUUCAGUCUGUACCACCUGAAAUAAUAGGCAGCACUUCCUAUUAUUUCUCUCUACUUAGAUUUGCUUCCUUCAGUUUUCGGUUUGUAAAGGAGGUUGACAACGUUUUAGGAUUUUUAGGUUGGGGAGGAGUUGUAUUGUUUGAAGGGCUUUAUGUUCUUUUCUUCAUCAUCUUCAUCUUUGUGUCGUUAUAAUACUCAUUCCUAUCCCACCUUGAACUGCCCAUCCUAGGCCCAACGGACGGUCCCAUUCAUUCCCUCUGUGGUUGUUUGCUGCAGCCUUCCUCCUGAGCUGCAGCUGGCAAAGCUGCAAACAAAUUUUCCAGACAUGAAAGUUCUAGGGUUUGUUUUUCACAGUAUAGUGUAUUCUACUAUUUUGCCAUUUCCUUCUUAAUGAUGCCACACAGUUCAGUAUCUCCAAGGAAUAUUAAUCAAUCUUAAUCUGUCUCUUUGGGGGAUGAAAAUCAAGAUUUCAAGUCCAUCAUUUGUCCAAGCAUUGUUUGACAACUGUCCCAAUUGGACUAUUCUACUUUCAUUUGUACUGAAGCUUAUCUUUGCUGAAUGACUUGUAUUAAAAUUAACAUCUCUACAGUGUUUAAAAAAUUUUAUGUUACAGCAUUUUUAAUUGCAGACCUCUUAUAUUCUAGCCCUAACAUACUUUAGACUUAUCUUAAACUUUGUUUUUUCUGCCCCUGUAGCCCAAAUGAACUGCUCAUUAUUUAUUGAAAAGCACUUAUUCUCAUUUUGCUCUCUCUCCUCUAUCAUUUGAUGCUUCACACAUCAGC